AGGGAAGUAAAGCAAAAUGGCGGAAUACAAGGGUGCUGCAAAGGAAGGUGCAAGGGCCAUGGCCCUGAUGAAAAGGCGAGAAAAAAUGAAAGCCGACAUUGAAGCCGCGAAAAACAAGAUAUCUGAGGUAAUCAUCGUGUCAUUUGCUCAAGGAAAAUUUACUUCCUGACCCACCGAUCUUUGAAUCAUAAAUCUGUAAAAGAAAACGUGUGGUAAUGUUAAGGUUGUUGGUUUUUUAUCGUAGAAACACAAGAUCGCCGACAUCAGCAACAAAUUUUCUACUCAUUAUGAUGUGGUAGAGCAGCAACUAAAAUCAAGCACUAUCGGUACGUGAAAAUCAUUUCAGUACCUGAUUUGGUUGGACCUGUGCAAGCCUGUGGUUGACGGGUUAUUAAACAAUUAGAUUGAGAGCUCCAGAUUUUUCACACAGAAUCGAGCACUAAUGAGCUAAUAUUGGCCAAAAAAUUAUGAAUGUAGUAGUCGCUUAAAAUUUCAUUGCUAGACAAGCUUAUUUUUGCUUUUAAUUUUGGUUGUUUUGCUGCUCACGGGCACUCAGCACGAUAACACGAAGCAUAGCUAAUUAGAUUGCAGUAUUUAUGACUAUUACAUUUAUACUUAUGAAGACUAGAAUCAGAAAUGAGUUAUUGAGGCUCUAAUUUCUUUAUCCAUAACUGCAGUUCAACUGUAAAGGUCACCUUAUCACAGUAACAAAAGCCACGAUCUCAAUUUUUCUUUUUUUGCCUUUUAUGCAGAAGCAUGACACAUUAGGAAGGCAUCCAUCACUGAAACAUGAUAUUUUUUCAAACAAAUGUUUUAUAAACUUCUGAGUGUGAAAAACGCUAUUGUUUUAAUGCAGAGUACAGUAAACUAUAACACUCAGCAACAAAUGAUGCAAUCACUUAGCUUAUCCAUAAGCCUUUACACCUUAACAUCAGUAUGCAUAUUCUCCAUACUGUUUUUAAUACAUUUCCUAAGGUGCUGACAAGGAGAACUUGUUAAUCAAUCAAGAGCUUCGUUGGUGAUCAUUUCCUUUUUUCUAGUGACUUUGAUGUUUGAUUCAGGGGUAAUAUUGUAAGAAGAAAUUAGAUGCUAGUCACUCUUAGGGUUAACCCUUUAACUCUCAUGAGUGACAAAGACAUAAUUUCUCCUUACACUAUCGAUACAAUAUCAACCAGACAAGUGAUGAGAAUAAAGAAAACUAACAAUAUGGGGAUAACUAGUUGAUCCAAUACUCAAUUCUCUGAACUAACAUUGUAAGAAUUGUAUGGUUGACAGUAAGGAGAAUUACAAAUUUGAUCUGGGAGUUAAAUUGUUAAGGGGUAAAUAGAUGUUUUUUUUUAAAAUUAUGAUUAUUAUUAUUUUCAAGGAUUGGUGACCCUGGAUCAAAUGAGAGCCAAGCAAGAGGAUCUUGUUCGAGAACAUGAAAAGCAGCUGGCUGCAAAGCUUAAAUCAGAUGAAACUGAAAGGUUUGUUCAAAUGUAAUUCAUGUACUUUCAUCAUUUAUUGUAAAUAAUUUAUCAACUCAUUGAUUGGUCAUUAAUGAUGUGAUUAUUUAUUAAGGGUAUAACUUGAUAAUGAAAUUUGCCAAAAUUUCUUGAAUGUAAUACAUUUAUAAAUGUAUUUGGAUUUAUAAAAAAUGAAAAAAAAGUGUAUUAUGAGAUCUUUCAAACCUGAUGAAAAAAAAAAUUGGUCUGUAAGUUGCAGUAAAGUGCAGACUUUAAAUUCAGUUAUCUAUCAACUAAACUUUGAAAUUCUCUGGAAAUGCAUCGGAUAUGCAAUUGUUUAAUUUUCUAUCCUACAAAUGAAUUCAAUCAUUGUUUCCCCCUCUAUGCAGUGAAUCCUCUAAAAAGAAACAGAAAAAAAUAAAACUGAAACAAACCUCCGCAUUGUCAUUUAACCUUGAUGAGGAUGAAGAAGGUGAAGACAGUGAUGAUCAACCAGGUAUUAUUCAAUUUCUUCAUUCUAAAUUUAUGUUGUACAAAUUGUGGCUCACUUAACUUGGCUAAACAUGGAGGAAAAUUUGCAGUUCUGGUUUUUGAGGUCAGAAUUCAAUUCCUGAUCCCAUAUGUUGUAAUGUCUUUUGGGCCUUGAAUCCUAUAAGUGAUGAAAAUGUAACUUCUCCCAAGAAUAUCCAUGCAUAAUCUAGCAUACAGGUAAUGAGAAUAAUAGUCCAUUUUGCAGCUGUGUGCUUGGUUGCCAAGUCUUUGAACAGAAGUGAGGUUAAGGUUGACCUUUUUAGGAUGCAAACCUUGCUGCUUUUCAAAUGCAAAUUACUUUGUUAUCAUGCUGACUAGAUACUGGUCUCUAUCACAACCAGGUCACCUUCAGCCACAGUCUAAAUCAAAGGCUUGGCAGCUGAGAACUCAACUGUAAAAUGGCCUACUAGCCCUUGAACUCCCAUCAGUGACCAAGACAGAAUUUCUCCUUACGAUACCAAUACAAUAUCAAGCAGACAAGUGAUGAGAAUAAAGAAAAAUAUCAAUUAGAGUAUUUUUAGUUGAUCCAAUACCAAAUUCUCAAAACUAACAUCACAAGAACUGUAUGGCAGACAGUAAGGAGAAUUACUAAUGAGAUCUUGGGAGUUAAAGGGUUAAGCUUAGAAGUUGUUAUCUUGACUUAACACCAAAUCCCCUAGACUAAUUACAAGGCAAUGCGUAGCAGAUAAGAAUGGAAAUGACAAUCCAGCUUGAAGUAGAAGAAAACCUGUCAGAAACUGUACAGAAUGCGAGAGGUGGAAGAGAGGAAUGGGCUUAAAAAAGAAGGGUAAAGACUACAAUAAUAUUAUCAUGAUGACCUGCUCCCGGUUGGCUUGUUAGUAUAGUUGGUAGAGCACUGCACCGGUAUCUCAGUGGUUGUGGGUUCUAAUCCCAUACAGGCCUGAAUUUUUUUUUUCUUCUUUAAGCCAUAUUUUCACUGCUGCUUAAGAAGUGUUCAUUACUGUGAAGAUCACUUUAAUAUCAGAUUCUAUUUCCUAUGCUGCAUUUCACAUAUAUAAAUUUCAUAUUACUGGUAACCUUGAAUGUAAGGAUGUGUGAAUUCUAAUAUUUUUCAAACAGUUGUCCCACUGAAAAAGAAAAAGCUUGGGAAAAAUCCUGAUGUGGACACGUCAUUUUUGCCAGACAGGGAUAGAGAGGUACGUUAAUAUGUGAACAAGGAGUUAGUAGUAGCAGAUGGAGCAAAAACAACUGCCUGCACAAGGUCACAUAACCCAUUUUCAGGCCCUGAAGUACAGAUGUGUGAGGAAAACAUGUACCAUUCAUUUUGCUUCUUACCACCACUGGAAAAUAACACAUUAUGUAGAAUGUAUAUACAUGUAGUAUAAUGUUGGUUACAAAUGGACACUGCAUUGUGUAAUUAAUUAAUAAAUUUUGGGAAUUCUUUUGAGACAGGAGAUGGAAAGAUUAGAGAGGGAAAAGAUCAGACAAGAAUGGGUAGAAAAACAAGAGAAGAUUAAGAGUGAGAACUGAAAAAGAGAUUUUUUUUGUUCUGUUUUGUUUUGUUUUUUGCGAAGUAACAUUUAACAAAUAUAUUCCAUGUUGUUGUGCCUCUGUUCAGUAAAAGAUAACAAAAAAUGUAAAAAUGUAGUGAGAACAAAAAAAGGGACACACAAGUCACUAAUGCUCUUACCAUAUAUUUUUGUCUUCUGUGAUCUACAUUUUGUAUUACUGUACAGACCUAAGGCAACGUGAAACCUAUUUGUUUUAUAUGGUAAAGCAAAGUCAUCUAUGUGUUUGUCCUCCAAUGAAUGAUUAGUAAGAACCAAUCAAAAUUCUUUUAUAAUUUAGCUGAUAAUGGACAUGAAAAAAUUACACACUUCUGAUUGGCUGAAAAUGAGUGCAUUCUCAUGUAACAUGAGUGCAAAGUUGUACAGCACAAUUGUAAGUUACAAAUACGGCACACAUGCUUUAAAAAAUUUUGUCUGUCUUGAUUUACUGCAAUGUUUUUCAUGUACAUUAUUAACAAGUAAUAACUUGAUUUCUCUCUCAAUUUGGUGUGAUAGGCGCUUAUAAAUUUUCAAAGACCACAAAUUGCACUCUUCCUUAGGGCUUGAGCAAUUUUGUUGUCUUUGAAAAAUUUGCUUGUGCUUAUUUGCAUCAAAUUGCACUCAAAAUCAUGUUAUUAUCUAAAUUUAUGUUAUGAUUUUAUACACUCAACAAACCAGCUUGUGCAGUUAACCCUUUAACUCCCAGAAGUGAUUAACAUGGAACUUCUCCCUAUAAUAUCCACACAUUAUCCUGCAAACAGGUAUUGAGAAAACUCCAACUUAUAAGGUAGAAGUGGUUAUCUUGAUCUAAUACUGAAUUCUCAUAACUGAUUUACAAGGAAAUGUGUAGCAGCCACAGGGAAGCAUUAACAAUCAGAUCUUGGGUGUUGAAGGGUUAAGAACACUCCUAAAAUGUCACCCUUGCCUGUAAAUUGUCAAAUACACUGGCAUUCAUGUGCACAUGUUAUGGGAAGGAUGAUUGAGUUUUUUUAGUAAAUGAGUUAUAGUGAUUUGACAAAAGAUAUAUUUAGUUGUGGACAGAAAGGGAGGUCUGUUUCUACACAUGUCUGCACUGUGUAUUCAAGAUUUUAAAAUUCUAGUCUAAUUUCUUUCUGAUUGACAGUCUGUCUAGUGCAUCAGGUCAAGAAUAACUUUUGUACAGAUGUGUCAGAAAACAGAUAAAAAAUCAUGUAAAAUACUGACGAGUGCUAGUUUAUCGUUAGGUGUUAAGCAUUCUGGGAAUACAUGUAGCUACCAUUGUUCUCAGUCCAUGAGAAUUGACUCAUAACCUUGUGUCUAAAAAGGGAAGAUAAUGGCUGCAUAAAAAAAUAAAAAAAAAUUCCUAGUUUUAUGUUUGGAUUUUCGCCAAAUCUCCAUUCAUGUUUAUAAAAUUUUUGCUUUUGUCAUUUUAGAUGAAGACGUGGAAAUCACUUACAGUUACUGGGAUGGAUCUGGUCAUAGGAGAACAAUAAAGGUGAGGUUCAAAUGAACUGAACUCCAGACAGGAAUAUGAAUACGUCUAAAAUAAAUAUAUAAAAUAACUCUCUCUUUGUUUCCAUCACAGAUGAAGAAAGGCAACACAAUCUCUCAGUUCCUUCAAAAAUGCGUCGAACAAUUGCGCAAAGAUUUUACUGAGUUUAGGUAAGUCUAUGAAACUUGGAAAGCAUGGAUCACCAUUUGGGAUUCACAGCUUUUUACUCGACAAACACUGAGUCCUUUUCUUUUUUUCAUAAUUAGUGAGGAGUGUACUCUCUCCUAACCCUUAAACUCCCACUAGUGAUUAACAACGACAACAACAGUUUAUUUCUACUACUGUAAACAACUAAAAGAAUUUACAAGAAUAUGAUUAUAAAUAAAUAAAUAAAUAAACAGUACAUACAGUAGUGGAACAUCCAAAAUAACUUGAAGGCUAAACUAGUUGGGUUAACAUGAAACUUCUCCCAAAAAUACCCUUACAUUACCCAGCAAACAUGUAAUGAGAAUACUUAUCAGGUAGGAGUAAUUGUUGUCUUGAUCUAAAACCAAUUUCUCAUAACUGAUUUACAAGGAAACGUGUAGCAGCUGGAUGGGAGAAUUAACAAUUAGGUCUUGGCAGUUAAAAGGUUAAGUUUGCAGUCCUUCAGGGCUCCAAGCUAAUUUUUUUCAAAGACACUAUUUGGCGACAUAGAAUCAUAGAAAUGCAGAGGUUUCAGGAAAAGCUGGUUACAAGCAGUCUGCUGCCACCUAAAAUACCUCUUACCGCCGUCUGUUCAGGAGCUUUUUUUUCUUUGGGUAUCGCUUUUACGACGCCUUUUCCAGAAACAGCCGGCUAUUACACCAUCGGCAGCCGCCUAUAACAACAAGAGUAUUGAAACUCCUAUAAAUUGUCGCCAACCAUAAAGUUCUAGUUGAAAGGAAACGAAAAUCAACUACAACAACAACAAAAAAAAAGCAAAAAAACCAAAAACAAGGGAAGGAAGGAAGGAUAAAGGAUAUUUUGUACAAAACUCCAGAACGAUGUAGAAAAAUUUUUGUCCCUCUUUGACCAUCAGAGGUCACCAAGUUGGCGAUUUUCACAGCAAAUUUUCUUUUUUUUGGUGGUUUUUCCUUGUUUUUUAUUUCUUCCUACCAUGGCAGCCAAAACAGUCACAGCGUGGACUUUUGUGAAACUUACCUAUCAUAGCCUUUGUUUUUUUCCCUUUUUACAGGGCUGUGACUACUGAAAACUUAAUGUACAUUAAGGAAGAUCUUAUUAUACCUCAUGUGAGUAACAUUCGUGGAAAAGAUUCACAUAGUAAAAAGUGGGUCCAAAAAAAAAAAUUUAAGAUAACUGAAUAUUAAGCUAUGCUGAAGGAGAGCUUUUUAAACGGAACAACUUCGGAAAGUCAUUUUUACGGAAUUAUAAAUUGCAGUGAUGUGUAAAUUUGAUUACUUCUUUACAUCCUAACAUCAGUAAGCAAGUUCUCUAUACAUUUGCUGAGGUACUGACAAGCAGAAUUUGUUUAACAAGCAAGAGUUUCUCUAUUGUUUAUCUUUUCAUGUAUUUUCUUGCCCUUAACUUGUGAUUCAGGGAUAAAUUAGAUGCUAGUCACUCUUAGUGGUCAAGGGGUUGAGACCAUUUCCUGUUCAUGAUCUCCCCAAUUAGGAGUUUAAGUGGAUAGCAAUGAAUUUGGAGGUCUGACAAAAUUCUGGAGGGUUACGUGUAACAGAAAAUGGUUCUCCGGCAACUCGAAACCUAACCUUCUUGUAUUUUCAUAUUGCAGCAUUACUCUUUCUAUGAUUUCAUUGUGAACAAGGCUCGCGGUAAAAGCGGACCGUUAUUUAGUUUUGAUGUCCAUGAAGAUGUUAGAGUGAUUAGCGACGCAUCCGUGGAGAAAGACGAGGUGAGUUAUUUGCACAUCACUGUCUGAUUCAGGGUGGAUGCGUGUGAGUUUGGAUUACUUUUUCAGUGUGAUUUUGAGCGCUUUCGUAGUCCGUGACCAAUCGCUCUCUCACCGAGGCCUGUGGUAGAGAAACGCGGACCAGCUGACGAAGGCUAUCGCAGAGAAGGGGAUGCAAAUAUAAAUUCAAACUAUACACGUCUUGAACUCCGCGUUGCUGACAUAUGGCAGACGUAUGUGAUCGCAAGUGCGGGUUUCUUCACAAUCAGAGAGUUUUUCUGACAAACCCGAUCGUACAUGUACGGACGCCCCCGUCUCUGAUUUCCAUUUUAUUUAAUUUAUUUUUCCUCUCUACAGUCACAUGCUGGGAAAGUUGUUCUCCGUUCAUGGUACGAGAGGAAUAAACAUAUUUUCCCUGCCAGCAGAUGGGAGCCGUAUGAUCCAGAAAAGAAAUGGGACAAAUAUACGGUAUCC